CUCAAUUACAAAGGUGACUACUUGUCUGCAAAAAGUAAUUUUUGAGCGGAAUUUCCCAACUAUGAAAUUCUUGGACUGAAAACUUGAAGUUAAAUAACGACUGAUUGAUAUAAUGACUGACUUGAAAUAAGAACCAUGAGCUUUUUAUCGAGAAUAGAGAAACAACAUUGCUCUCACAAACAUAAACAUUCUUCAUCGACGGUCUUCACACGUGCUUCGCAUUCCAACAAUGUGUAUCAGGAAAUCAAAAAUCCAGCCAACAAUUGACACGUUUCCAUAUUAUUUAAAUAAGCCUUCAAUAGAUUUAUUAGCGAUUCAGUGUUGUGCCACCACACCUCCCGGUAUUGUGCGUUCAAUCCAUCAUGGGGCUUACAUCUGCAUCGACGGUGGUUGUGAUUCUAAGCUGCUUGUCAGUGGCAAGGUGUGAUCUUCCCCACUACACGCUGUACUCGAAUAUGUUCAAUUAUCUGCAAGAGUGCGCGCUAUACUUCGAGAUACCUAAGGUGACCCUCGAUCGUUACAUCCAGGAUUGUUUUCCCGAUACCCCGGAGACAAGACGCCUGGUUCACUGUGCUUUGGUGGACUCCGGCGCUUGGGAUGAUCGCGAUGGGUUGGGGAAAAGCGUAAUCCAGUUUCUGUUCAAACCGAACAAAACCGACACCGUUUAUGAGGAAAGGACUCAAUCGUGCCUGGACCGGAUUGGGACCGGGGAUCAGAACUACCUCGCCUAUGAAACGUUCCUUUGCUACUAUCGAUACUAUGGGCAAAUGACCAACGAGGAGGUCUACAAUCCAAUGGAGCCGCUUGAAAUCAACCAGAUAUUGUUAUUUGUGCAACGGGUCCUGAAUGUUUCAUCGGAGCAGCUGUCGCGUUUCGGUCAGAGUGAUCAUAUGGAAGAUCCACUGUUCAAGCAGGUUAUCUUCAUUGGAUCGCUCCGGAUGGGUAUUUACAGCUGGGAUAAAGGGUUCCUGUCCGACGUAGCAUAUGAACAGUUCAACAUACCAGAACUACGCAGUCCGAGUACCGAAGCGUGUGUUGCGCGUGUGUCUUCCAAAUACCGCUACUGGGAUAAGCAGCAGCAAUGGUUCGAAGUAUAUAAACAAUGCUUGGCAACGUAUCUAGACUCGUUAAUGAUGAACUUCUUCCAGAAGUUUUUGAAUCCGACCGUUUGUAGUCAGGGUUUACCGAAUUUAGUGUAAUGAUGAUUCGUAACUCUGUGCGAUGGUUGCAAAAAUUUGUAAUAAAAUAUGUGUUUAACGCGAUAUCAGGAAUACAGGAACAAUCUGAACAGUUUUGUGCUAAGAGUGGUUAUAAAAUAGCCAACCUAAA